AUGCCAGUAACCUUAUAUGCGAGUAACCAGCAGAUGGAGGUAUUGGCGUUCUUAGACGAAGGAUCGUCAGCCACGCUGGUAGAUGAUGCGGUCGCUACCCACCUGAAAGCAGACGGCAAAGUAGAGCCGCUGAUAGUAUCAUGGACGGCCGACAUCAAUCGCAUCGAGGACAAGUCCCGGAAAGUAGAACUGUUCAUUUCAGCUCAAGGCUCUCGUGAUAGAUUCCCACUGAGCAACGUACGCACAGUGUCGGAGCUUCAGUUACCGAGACAGGACGUGCGAUACGCGGAAGUGAAACAGCGCUAUCAACACUUGGCAGAUGUACCUGUGUCAAACGCGACAGGAAGACCAACACUGCUGAUCGGGUUGGACAAUUUGGACUUGUUUGCGCCGGUGGAAUCGAGAGUCGGUACAGUGGGUGAACCAAUCGGCGUACGAUCGCGCCUUGGAUGGACAAUCUACGGCCCGGAAAAGCGAAAGCAGACGGUUCACAGCUAUCUUCACCUGCACACUACGUCAGCAGUUAGUAACCAAGACUAUGAUCUGGAUUCCGACGCCGGCGAGCUAGCGGUGGAGGAACUCGGGAAGCAGUACGGUUCACGCGUAUUGUUUUUCCACUGUGACGUUACGGAUUACAUCCAGUUUGAAGAGGCAUUUGAGUACGCAGACUGCAUGCUGAAAGGAAUCGACAUUGUGAUAAAUAACGCAGAAAUAAUGAACGAUAAUUUUUGGGAGCUCGAGGUGGACGUAAACCUGAAUGGGGCUAUCCGUGGCACACUGUUGGCUCAGAAGUUUAUGGGCACGGGAAGGGGCGGCCACGGUGGUGUGUUGGUGAACAUCGGCUCCGGUGUCAGCCUUAGACCACAGCUGUCCACUCCCAUUUACACGGCCACCAAGCACGCCAUCCUCGGGCUGACCAAGGCCUGCGGUGAUCCGUUUCACUACAAUGAGACGAAGGUGCGAGCGUUCGCGUACUGCCCGGGGCCAAUAGAAAACUCUUCCUCGCACAACAAACGAUUCAUGGUUCCGGCAUUCGAGAAAGCCAAAGAGCUCGAUAUGACAGGGGUGCAGUGGCAAAAGAUGGAACACGUGGCCAAAGAAUUGAUACCGCUGAUCAAAAAUGCACCCUCGGGAACCAUCUGGGGUGUGACUGGGGGCAAACCGCCGAAGGAGAUACCGUACUGCAGUUUGUAAGCGUGCGCCCGUUAAUUUUCAACUUCAUCUUGAGCAAUCCAUCAUCAGCCAAUCAGCCCGUAAUCGGUGGCAUCAAACACCCUUACCAAUAGCGGAUAACCUUUAAGCAAACGCCCCGCUACAUAGUUAAGACAAUUAAGACAACAUUUACUAUCAUCGACCAUUAUAUCAGCUUGUAGACAACGCUUCUUCCUCCAUACAUUGGCUUCGCUCAUUGAAUUGUGCAGACAUGAAAUCACUUUAACAAAUCGUGCGCUUUUGAUAUUAUCCAACG